AUGGCCGAGGAGUUUGAGCUUCCUGAAUUCAACCCAAGGGAGCGCGCCAAGCAGCAGAUUUCAGUCCCAUUUCUCUGGGAGGUGAAGCCUGGCGCGCCGAAGAGGGACUGGGCGAUCUCCAAGCCAGCGCCGCCAGUCUUCUCAUCAUGUCCAUCCCCGCUCAAGCUCGUCGUCAGUGUGCCAUUCCAGUGGGAAGAGAAGCCCGGGAAGCCUCUACAAAUCAAUUCACCUCUUCAUGUGCCGUCUGAUCAUCAUGCAGGCUUCUUAGCAUCUCCCUACUCGCUGAACCCUUUUGUUGCUGAAGGUGAGGAAGAGUACACGCUGGGGUUUGAUCUGGAAGCCUUCGGGUUUCCUGACGACAACAAGGCAUCCGGUAUAGCAGAAUACACGGACGGGUCGAGUCGCCGUGGCACCUGGUACUCGUUUUCAGACUCAGAAGACUACAGCAACUCCAGCGGGAACACUUCAGCCCGGGAGUCUCAGUUCCCCCGGGCGCCCUCGGAGCAGAGCUGGGAGGUGGCCAACGACGAUGAUCAUCAGCAGAUCAAGCCGCGGAGCCCUCCGAGGAGCGCGUUCACGUUGGAGGAGCUGAUGAUGCUGAGCCGCAAGCUGGGCUGUGGACAAGGUUUCUCGACUGAUGAUGUCAGGAAGAAGAGCCUCUCCUCCUCCACGCCGUCCUCAGUGGAACUCAUCAAGAAGUUUUUAAUUGUGUGUUCUUGAGUGCGUGGCUCCGUGGUGGUUGCAGCACAUGGGCGAACUGUACCGUGUGCAUGUGAUGUUGAGUGAGAUUUCCAUUAUUGAGGAAGCUUUGCGAGGCUUGCUUGCUGGGAAGUAGAAACCUAGCUGUCCUGCGUCCUGGUUUGUACUGUUGUGUUUCUUAAAGAAUCUCCUGUGUUGUUUUAAGACAAACAAACACGGGAUUUCUGUGUGUACCAGUCAGUCUUUUGUUACUUGUUUAUAUAUGGAUUUUCUGUUUCAUGUUCA